AUGCUACAGUAUAACGCAACACAAUACUUCAUCACAGAGUAUGAUCGAGUUGCAUCGACAUACCCUCCCAACAUCACAUUACUCGAACAAGCGAUAAAGUACAACAAUCAACGAGUGUUUGAUCAUCUGCUUCAGAACACAAACAUGUCACUACCAUAUCAUUCGUUGAACACCUACAAUAAUAAUACAGACGUGAUCACAGAUAUUGUCAAUAAUGGCAAUGUCCACAUACUACAGACCUACCUCGACAUGACCGGACAAGGAGUUUUGUACCAACUCGAACUCAAACAACUGGCAAUCGCGAUCAAUCACAAGAACGAGCACUUUGUUAGAGCGUUACUUCAACAUUCUAUCGUGAGUGAACAUGUUUUCCAGGAACCUGAUUUCCAUCUCGACAUCAACAUGCUUCGUCUACUCAACGAGGAGUUUGCCCAUCAUCAACUGCUUGACAACUUUGACAUUUGGAAGUGGUUCAUCGAGAGUUCUGUACGCUCUGACAACGCCGAAUGUGUAGAAUAUCUCUUGGAUCACAUUCAUGGAUCGUCAAACAAUGGAUACAAUGGCGAUGACGAUGACGACAACUUCUACGACCAUGACUUUGAGGCUAGGCUCAGAGGCAUAUUGAGAGAGCAAGCAAAGUAUUGUUGCAUGAAUGGAUAUAUUGAUACACUCAAUGUUAUACUUCAGGAUCUCACUCCUGAAGAUGUCAUCAAGAUCGACUCAUCAUCACUGGAGAGCAUAAUCGAGAGUGGGCAUUCAGACAUCAUCAAAUACCUCAUCGAUCAUCAACAGCCCAUCAACACAGACUACUCCUCGUCUGAAAAUUUGGUCCAGAAGGCCCUUGACGUGCUUACUCGCGAUCAUACUCUUGGUCUUGACAUUGUCACCGUGCUCCUCGACGCGAUGACCAACAAUCCCGACAUCAAGUUUGCAAAGCAAUGUGUGAAUGGCAAGAGCCAGACCAUCGUGCCAGACCACCUGUGGGAGUUGGUCUCCAACCACCCGAAUGUCGAGUGUCAGGUCGUAACCAAACGAAUACCCACGUCAGAGGAGGUGCAUAUCAAAUUGCUACUGGAGGCAGUCAAGAACAACAACAUAAGUGAGGUCCAACUCAUUCUCCCUGAGUGUGAUUCCGAUUGCCUCGAACAAUAUUGGACCCAGGAGCAUGAGCGCAUCAUACUUGAAACAAUGUCACAUGAGGUGGGCAUGCUUAUUGCUAGCCAAGAGCUCCGUCCUUUGCCUCUAACAGCCUAUACCCUGACAUUCUUUGUCAACGAAAUCACUACCAUGUCUCCAGGACCCCAGCGCCAGAGGUUAAUCGAGCUGGCCAGACUAUUCAUCAGCUACCUUUACUUUGAUUCAAGUUUCAGGUUUGGCCACUGCAGCAACUCAAUCAAAGUUGCUGGUGUAUCUGUGGAGUUGAUGCAACUCAUCCAUCAUUUGUUCGAGAUUGGUCCGGGUAUGGACCUGUUCAACUACUGCUUCAAGCACCUAAAGAAAGCGAUCAAGGCAGGCUACGUCUUGGGCAUCGCCUUCCUCUCCAGGCAUGUCAAGCCAAGCGUGGACAAUGCCGCAGAGGAGAGAUCAACAAUCAAUAAGGCGAUUGAGACUGGCACGUUGGAGUCAGUUAGCGCCAUCUUUGAUUACCUGGCCAAGUUCUCAAACACAUUGGUCACCUCAACCAGUUUGGAGCACGCCAUUCGCAACUCAACAGAGGUAUUUGAGUUUGUGUUGGGCAGACUGGUGGCCGCCAACGUCAAUGUUCGUCACAGCCAAGCCGUGUCCACAGCGUGUAAGCAUAACAAGCUAGGUGUACUUAAGACAUUGACUGAAGAGCAUGGAUGCGUGUCGAGCAUAAGCUUAGUCGACAUCGAGUACGCUGCGCAAGGCAAUUCGAUCCAGGUGCUGGAGUACCUUCUCAAGACAUUACCAUCAUCACCAUUCAUCCUCAACAAGACCAAAAUUCAACGACUUCGUGCGAUCAAUGAAGCUCUCCACAUUGCCUACAAUUAUGGAUACGUCCGAAUCAUCGACCUUUGCCAUUCAAUCAUCAAGGACAUCAACUCGAACAUGAUAGUGAAUGACUCUAUUCAACCAAAAGCAUUGUACAGUGAGACCAAUCAAUCAUCAACAUCAACAUCAGCAUCAUCACGUAUAUCAACAGCAUUCCAUUUGGUGUUCAGAGACAGACGAGUGGGCAUGAUCAUCAUGAGAAUGAUUGGUGACAUCAAUAGAAUAACAUAUAAGGAAUAUCAACUGAUCAAGGGCAGACAACUCCUGGAUAUGGAUUCAUUGCUUACAUAUAUCCAAUGUGGCGCCCAUGAAUGGUUCAUCAAGUCGUUCAACUCUGUCUCCAACAUCUAUCCACACAACUCCUAUCUGUUGGAUAAAUGUUUUGGCUACGCCUCCCCUGACGCGCGCAAUGUGGACACCCUCCUGGCCAACAUCAACCUAUCCUUUGUUUCAAUAUUCCCUUUAAACGUUCUACCAAUAUUAGUUGGACAUCAGAAUGGACGAGACAUCCAUCCAAGGUGGGAGUACCUCUUGGACGAGCUCCAGGCAAACCUUGGACUAUCCACACUAUUGGUCAAUGGAAAGGUCAUUGAUGGAGUCACAGACCAUGAGGUUAUCAAGAGGUUGACGGACGUCGAUACACCCGGCGAGCCACUCCUCACUGUUGAGUACUGUACCACAUUACUGUCGAACCAUAUCAGGAUGCUUGAGAGUGGCACCAUAUCAACAGUCUCGCCCCCGUCCACAGUCCAAGUGAGCGAUGCACUCGAGUCUACAAGCUUUAUUAGUGGCCUCAUUCACCUAUGCUGUGUGACUGGUCGUGAUGAGAUCAUCGACAUUAUACUUCGUUACAAACCUGCCAGCGACUUGCCACCCAGAUAA